UGUCUCGCUAUCUCACGCUAUGUUGCUUUCUACUGUCAGCAUUAUGAUUAUGGGGGGUUGGUCUCGUCGCGAACCUGGAGUGAGCGGAAGAGAAAAGUUGCGCGAAUUGUCAGCAUUGUAAGGAGCAAGACAGAUGUGAUUUCUCAGUGGCGUGUGAGUUUUCAGAAUACGAUGAAAGUUGUUUGACAGUGAGUGUAUUUUGAGAAAGAUUCAACCAGUGGGUUCAUCUAACUGCAUUGGAAUGGCGAGUGUACCGAGAGAAACUAUACAGAAACAGAUUCAACAAGAUUGGGCCAACCGUGAAUAUAUUGAAGUAAUCACAGGGAGCAUUAAAAAAAUAACCGACUUCUUGAACUCAUUUGAUAUGUCUUGUCGAUCACGAUUAGCUGUUUUAAAUGAGAAACUUACUACAUUAGAGAGGCGAGUUGAAUAUUUAGAAGCAAGGGUGACCAAAGGAGAAACAUUGACUUAAAGAACCAAUCAUAACUAUGUACAAAUUUUCAUUUAAUAACACUUUCAUUUAUAUGCACCUCAUUUAAUGUUGAUGUAAGUUAUAUACAAUUUAAUAAAUGUAAUUAAUUUCCAUUUAUUGUGGUCUUUAAUUUUAUCAAUAUGGUAUAGAGGAAGAACAGCUAUUGGGGGGAAGAAAUUUUUAAACCAUACAGAAAUACUCUCAUGAAAGAAAAUCAUGUCUAUUUCACCAAAUAAAAUAUAAUUUUUUUACUAUAAACAAACAUUUCACCUUCAGAAAUGUAGUGUAUAAAAGUCAACACAAAAAUAUGUUCAAUUUUUGAAGUCCUAAAUUUUUUUUCAGUCCCAUAACAAU